CGGUAGCCAAGUGACACAGGCGAAGGGGUCUGUCUGGGCCCACAAGAAUUGUCGUCGAGUCUCUUCAUCAACUGCUGGUAAUUCGAGUUAUCACGGUGACAUAUGAUCCACUCAUUCAUGCAGAACGCCGGCCCUUGGCGACUCGGGAGGUUGCCGCGGGGCAAUAUAUCCAAUUCGAAAGUCACGCACACAAAUUCCCCUCAUCCACGACUCCCUCAAUUCCGUCCCAGGCCAGACGUCAAGCCCUCCUUUAAUUAUUCCUUCUUCCUCCACUAGGUCGGUCAACACCCCCGGCCACCCCAAGAUGCGACGAGAGCAACUCCUCGCAGCUCGCAGCUAUCUUCUCCGGGAAUUUCGGCGAGCCAUCGCUCUCAUUCGGCGCUUCCUCCGACUGUCCACGGAGCAUGGGAAAACAACACCCCGAAUGUCCUCGGACAUACAGCAGGGCAAUCAGGGGAAGAAGCGCACACUCGCCCAGCGAAUACCGCGCGGUUCCUGGGACUCGCACAUGCACGUGUUAGACCCAACCAAAUACGCCCUAGUCCCCGGCGCCGCCUAUUGUCCCGGCCGGUACACCCUCGAGGAUGCCCUGGAGUUUGAGUCAUCGGUCGGGAUCGACAACAUCGUCCUCGUCCAGCCCUCGAUAUACGGCCACGACAACUCGUGUCUCCUAGACGCGUUGAGGGAGCUGGGCCCACGCCGUGGAAGGGGUGUCGUCUCCUUCGACCCGGAAGCGACGUCGGCGGAGCAGCUCCGGGAAUGGCACGAGAUGGGCGUCAGGGGUGUCCGGGUGAACAUCCAGUCGACCGGCCGGUCGGCCGAACCGAGGGAGCUCGCAGACCGCUUGCACCAGUAUGCGGAAGCUGUGAGGCCGCUGGAUUGGGUGGUCCAGGUGUAUGUGCCCAUGGCCCUGCUCGAGCACCUUGCGCCGAUUGUCCCGAGCCUCGACGUGCGGUUGUGCAUCGACCACAUCGGGCAUCCGUCCCUGGGCGACUCCUCAAAUUGCACGGAUCCUUACGAGAUGCCGGGUUUCAAGUCGUUGGUCGGCCUGCUGGAGGAAGGCCGCACGUUUGUUAAACUAUCCGCACCGUAUCGCGUGAGCCAGCUGGAGGACUACAGCGAUCUCGAGCCGGUUGCGCGAGAGGUCAUCAGGUUGAAAGGAUUAAGCCGCGUGGUCUUUGCGACCGACUGGCCACAUACUAGGUUUGAAGGGUUGGAUAUCAGGCCGUGGAUGGAGACAGUGCUGGACUGGUGUGGGGAUGACGAGGAGCUGCUUGGGAGGUUGUGCAGAGGGAAUGCCGAGGAUUUGUGGGGUGUCACAACGGGGUGAAAGUUUGGUUCAUUUAGCACUAUAGACAAGUGCUGUAUUAUGAUGCAUUACGAGUAUUUUUGUAUUGGGAAUCUACUGUUUCUCACCAUGUAUCGCAUAUCCGUCGGAUGUGGACCAUGAGGGAAUUGCCAAGACACCUGAAUAGCUUCAGAUCCCACAUAUGCUCUUGAUGCGUACCAAUUACUUAGUGCACCACGUAUUUGAUGCCGCGCAAUAAUUAAUCUCAGAAUUCAGAAC